UUUCCUUUUGUUGAUGUCUUGCGUCUCGCUCGGCUGCCGCCACAAUGACGUGUUACGUAAAGCAGCCCCAAUAAUUCAAGGAAACUCGCCUUUAUUGCUAUGAAACUUAAUAAUAAUUGACAGAUGCGAGGUAGUCUCGAUCACUAUGCGUAAUAAAUGAAUGAUUAUUCGGCUGUGUGUGAGGGGCGGUGCGGCGGCGUGUCAUAUUUUCAAUCGCGCAACGCCGCGAUGCGCGAGUAGCAAAUACAAAUCGCCGGAACAAAAUGGUGCGCCGUCGUCAGCUGAGUUAUCAAACUACGAUACGACUGAUCAAGGAAGUGAAAAAGCAUCCCUGCAUCUGGAACAGGGAAGACGAGAAAUAUAACGACGUAUACAGCGUCGGUCUGGCGUGGAAGACUAUUGCCUGCAGGCUACAGUUACCGGAAGAAGCAGUCAAAAUAAAAUGGAAGAACCUCCGGGACUGUUUCAAUAGAGAAAUCAAGAAGAACCCGUCGUCUCUGACAAACUACACUGGCAACUGGGCAUUUUUCCAGGAAAUGCUCUUCACUAUAACACUUAAGAAACUCAAAUCGGAAGCCGACAUUGAAGUGGAGUACUUGGAAAUCCACGAUGAGGAACUGACGACAGAAUUGGAACUGGAAGACGAAAAACCAGACGACUAUUAUGAUAUGCUCUUUUUGGAAUCCUUAGCUCCGUAUUUCAAAGAAUUAGAUCCAGUAAGGAAACUGGAGAUGAGGAGCAAAAUCCAAGAAAUGCUGGAGAGAGAGAUAUCCAUUCAAAAUAACGAGAACGGCAGUCAGGAGGAAAAUUUCGACGACAUUUAUAUCGAUGAAAAUGCAGACAUGACCUACGUUACAUGAUGAUGAUAAUAUUUUUAGGGCAUACAAAAAGAACCUUUAGGAAGUUUUAGUGAUAAAGUGACACUAUAAUAACAAAGCAAAGACUGUGGUAAAACUUUUUAAUGUGACUGAUUGAACCGAGUGACUUUGUUUAAUUUUGUGUACACCUAAUUUAUGUAUCAACAAAAUGACGUGAAUUAUAAAA